GUCACUUUAAAGGUCCUAUCUAUUACAUGUUUCCAUGGGAAUAGAUGGAUCAGCUGUUUCUUUUGUGUUACUUGUUUGGAAGCACAACCCCCAGGCUUUCUUGUAUUUUUGGACCAGGCUAUUCAGUAAAUAUUCUUUCUCCCCAGUCAGGCCAGGUCCCUGAUCGAAAGGGGAUGCUCAGUUCACACCUAUAGGUUCCAGGGGAACAGCCAAGACACAGGGAGGAUACAGUCCUUGAUCUGAAUUCCCUUUGCAUCCAAGGUCAGCGAGUGUUCCGGUUUCUGGACCUUUUAUUGUGCGUCCACAGAAUUUUGCAACGAGAUAAAGGGGUCGAGGCUAUUUUACAUUGAGUGCAUCCUAUGUUUACUCAGACACAAGGACAAUGUUGGCAAGAAAGGGAAUCAUUCCAGAAGAGUAUUUAUUGACCAGGCUGGUGGAAGAUGACCUCUCUCAGCCUCACUACCAAACCAAGUCCAGGAAAGCUCGCUUUAUCACCAAGAAUGGAGGCUGCAAUGUGGCUCACAAGAACAUCCGUGAGCAAGGUCGCUUCCUUCAAGAUGUCUUCACCACUUUGGUGGACCUCAAGUGGCCUUACACGCUUGUGAUCUUCACAAUGUCCUUCUUAUGCAGUUGGAUGCUUUUCGCGAUGCUUUGGUGGCUCAUUGCCUUCGCCCAUGGUGACCUGGACACCCAUCAGGACAAUAUUGUUCCCUGCAUCACCAGCAUCUCGUCAUUCGCAUCCGCCUUCCUCUUCUCCAUCGAGGUCCAGGUGACCAUUGGGUUUGGAGGCAGAAUGGUGACCGAGGAAUGCCCCUUGGCUAUCACAGUUCUGAUCAUCCAGAACAUCUCGGGCCUCAUUGUCAAUGCAGUCAUGCUGGGCUGCAUCUUCAUGAAGACUGCACAGGCCAACCGAAGAGCGGAAACCAUCAUUUUCAGCAAGUAUGCAGUAAUCGCUCAGAGAAAUAAGAAAUUGUGCUUUAUGUUCCGGGUGGGGGACUUGAGAAAGAGUAUGAUCAUUAGUGCCACUAUCCAAAUGCAACUGGUCAAGAAGACCACCACUCAGGAAGGUGAGGUUAUCCCCAUCUCGCAGAUUGACAUCCAAGUGGAGAACCCAGUUGGUAUCAAUGCGAUCUUCUUGGUUUCUCCCCUCAUCAUUAGUCACACCAUUGAUAAGAAGAGCCCGCUUUAUGACUUAACAGCAGCUGGCCUCCAACAAGAGGACCUUGAGGUAGUGGUCAUCCUUGAAGGGGUGGUGGAGACCACAGGCAUCACCACCCAGGCGAGGACAUCCUAUUUGCCGGAGGAGAUACUUUGGGGCCACAGAUUUGUGCCGAUUGUGACGGAAGAAGAGGGAAGGUACUCAGUUGAUUAUUCCAAGUUUGGCAACACCACAAGGUCCAAAACGCCACUGUGCAGUGCCAGAGAACUCGAAGCACAGGAGAGAAGUCAAAACCAAAUGCACAAUGGCCCCAACCUGCCAAUGAGUGCCCUCAGGGAAAGGUAUUUCUCCAAGUCCAUCAGUUUCCCUGGAACACGCCUGAAAUCAUCUGUGCGUUUUCAGUCUCUGGAUUCUUUGCCAGAUUUAGAGUCACAAGAGGGAGUUGAGUCAAGGUCAUUGCUCCUCUGAGUUCCCUUCUUUCAUUGCAAAAUUCAUUAUCCCUCCUACUCAAACACAUCCUCAUGAUAUUACCAUCAAGACUAAUCAGUCCAACUGCCACCAUUCACUCCUUUGAAAGCUGAAGGCAGUAGGAGAUAUGGGGUUAGUUGAGUUAUUUUUUUCAGGCAUUUUUGUUUUGAAACUGUGAAUCUCCCCUUCAUGUGUAAAGCCGACUUUGGUCGAAUGGCCUUUCAUUCUAUCACCCUGGGCUGGCUCAUUUGAAAGAGCUGUCUAACUAAUCCUGAGAUCCCAAGCUUUCCCCGUUUGCUCUGACCAUUUGCAGGUCCAUCAAAACUAGUCUUGUUAUCUUGACACAUCUAUAGAAAUCUUCUGUAGCAAUAGCCACUGACAUGGCAAUCAGAGCAGGAAUCCUGGGCUGAAAUUUACUCUCCAGAUUGAGAUCAAUAAAGUCACUUCUUCAGUCUUCCCAUUCUUUUUAUAGUCUACAGUAGAUACUCUUUUCCCAACAUACUUUUAUCUUUGCCAAGACUUGGAGGAGUAGUAACAAUGCUACAAUGGGCCUUUGAUCCUUAGUUUGUCUGCCUUUCUUUAAAAGUAAAAACCAAGUGAUAGAGCAACUUAGACACUGGUCACACUGAUAACAUCUAAUGCCACAAACUAAGACCCCUUUGUAAAAUGAGAUGGGCUCUCUCCUACACAUCCUUGAACAAAUCAUUGGGUGAUCAACAAAUGGAUGGGAUUUGGAAAGGAUCACGGCCACACACACGGGCUGCACUGAACCUAAUUGUUGGAGCCGUGUAGAAGGUUAAUGUGUGUGUUUGGUCAUGAUGUGAGUUGUUGAAAUGUGUUCCAUUUCCCCAACAUUGCAUUCCUCACAAGAAGCACAAGAUUUGGAACGACAUUUUAAUAGACCAAAACUGGAAGCACAUGGAUUCCUGAUGAUUGGAAUAAAGCACAAAUGCUACGUGAGAAGCACAAAGCAACUGCUAUUGUCUGCAAUGUCCUAAUGUGACAUGACCGUGUCACCUUCCUAUGUCACUGGUUGACCUGUUUUGAGGUGGGGUGAGGUAUGGGAAGGAGCUCAUUUGAUAUUACCCUUGACCUGAUGGGAUUGUCCAAUUAAGAGCUGGCAAAGGAAGUAGGAAGCAAUAAAAGGCAAAACAGUAUGAAUGGGCUGAAUGGUCUACUUCUGUUCUUAUGUCUUAUGGACAACAUGACUAUGGGGAGAGGCAAUGAGAGGAAAAUUGGUCGUGAGGGUCUCUUCAUUUUAGAAAGGUGGCAAAUGUCAUUGAAACAAAAAUAGUUAUUGGAGGGUUUGGCAGAUAGAUACUGAAAGACUGUUUUCCUCUUGGCCGUAGAGUCUAGAACACAAGUUCACAGUCUCAGGAAUAAGGAGACAACUGACAUAAGGGGAGAUGUCUUCACUCAAGGUUGUGGAUCUUUGAGAUUGACUACUCCAGUGAGCAGUGGGUGCUAAGUCAUUCAUAAAUUCAAGACAAGGCAGCAAUAUAUCUUUGGGUGAUCAAAUGGUUGAGCCUUGUAGGAAAAUCUGAGGGAGGGUGGUGCAGUUAAGGUAGAAGAUCAGCCAUUUAUUAACUGGAAGAGCACGGUCCAGGGACCAUGCUGUUAGAUCUUGCUUUUUUUUUAGUUAAGGCAUAUGUCCUUCUCCAGUCUGAAGAUCCAAUGAGACACAGAAGCAGAGAUUGGUCUUAUUGAAGAAGACACAUUUACUUCUACAGCUUUGUAAUACCACAACAAGGAGGCACAAACUUCAGACGGUCUUCAAAAGAUCUAAUGGGGAAGGUAAGAAAAAAUAAUCGUUUGACAGAAAGGCUGAUAAGUGUAAAACCUCUAAAGACAAACUCAUGUUGAGAAUGAAUCCAUCAUCUGUUUUAAAAGAGCAUUAUGGUUAUUUAAAAGAAUAUUCAGUAGAGUUGGACUUGAUCAUUUAUAUGAAGACAAAUGCUGCUACAGAGAAGAUAUGAGCUGAAUGGCUUCUAUGCUGUACUGGCCUAUUCCAUAAUUCAUUCUGCUCUUCUACAUCUCAGGACUGAGCACGUCACAUUUUAUCAUUAUUGUUGUGAUAAUAUUGUUUAAUGGAGGUUCCAACAAAUCCAUUUGUGUUCUAUAUAAUGAUUUGUCACCUUUCAUUGAGGUCCAGGAGAUAUUAAGAAUCUCAAGUGAUUUACUUUGGAAUUUGUGAAAAGUGGUAUAUAAGUGCAAGUCUCUUUUUCUUCCUCGCUGCUCUACGUUUGCCCUGAUUUGGUGAGUCCAUAUCAAUCUCUUCUGCAGAGCCAGAGAUUCAGGGUUCAACACUCACUCCGAGAUCUGAAGUGUGAUUGAAGCUGAUCCUCCAGCACAUUACGACCAAGUUCUGCAUUUAUUAAUAAAUCUUAGAAUGAAUCAUUGUCUUGUCUGCACUUCUGGUGAUGGCAAAGAUUCCCCAUGGUGCAAACCAGGACUUCAACAUUCCAUCAACCAACCAGCCACCAAGAUGCAUUCAUCUUCUCACCAGGACGUUGGAACAUAUGUGAUUAAAAUUGCUAAUGUUUUAAUUAAACCAGCACUCAUCACAUACCAAAGUGAGGCUCAAAAUAUGAGCAAGUCUUCAUUUCUGUUUUAUGGUUUGUUAGACCAUGUUGUUGGAAGGUUGCACUAUAACAUGUAUUGUCGGUGUUGGGUAUUACAAUUUUUCAUGUGCUACAAUAUGAAUUUAUCAUGCCUUUUUACAAAGGAACACCUGGAAAUUGCUAUGAACCAAAGCAUGUCUGAUGCAUAAAGUAAUCUGGCAGGUGGUGUCCUCUUGGCUUAUAUUUAACUUAUAUGGCGUGUCUGUUGGAAGCAGCAACAUCAAACCUCACUGACUGAAGGAUACAUAUUUCUCUGACAUGUAGUAAUUCUCAGGCUACAGUUACAAAUCUGGUUUAUUUAGAAAUAAAACUAUGCAGAAGCAAGAAGAAAUGCAACAGGUCUGAUUAGAACUUCACUUGUGCAUUUCCUGAUUCCAAACAAUGAAGUCUAGUGUUGUUUGUACUGUACUCUGUUCUGUUAAAGUUUUACUUCGAUCUAUGAGGCAACUGUCACACGUGAAGUCAGAUAUUUGGGGAGUGUCCAAUCAACCACAGCUUCAUAGUUAGCUGGUGGAAUUGACAGUAUGUUUAAAAGAAGCCUUCAUCGGGGGGUACUGGCGACUCCCUCUUUGUCUUGAAGUAAGACAGAGGAAGAUCAAAAUGUCCCUUUCAAAAUUGAAUGGAUCUGUCAAUUACAUGUAAGUUAUGAAAGGUACACACGAUUGUCUAUUGGGUUUACUUAUUACAAUUCUUAAGACUGUAAGACAAAGCAUCUCAUGGACAGAUAAUGAUAGUUUAGUUUUGACUCACGUAUUAGACACAGUCACAGGUAUCAUUGGUAUGGCAUUGCUCAAUUUUCAAACCAAACACAGAAUCCCAACAGUGCAGAGAGAGGUCAUUCAGCCCAUUGAGUCUGCACCAACUCUUUGAAGAGCAUCCUACCUAGAGGACAACACUCUGGCCAAAACUAUUCCCCCAUAACCCCACAUUUCCCCCGGCCGAUCUGCC